CACGAGCUGAGGGCAAGCAGCAUAUGCAAAACUUUACUUUACAGCACAUAACAUGUUUUAGAGGCUUUUGCACGCAAAUAAGCGGCUUUAUUUUAGUCUUUACCUCCAUAUAUUGAGGGAAUAAAAGAUGUUGACGCCUCUUUCUGCUUUUCAGACUCGGUUAGCUGAUAUUAUGGAAACAUUGGCCAAAACGGCGGUGUUGGAGAUCAGUAAACUUGUGGAGCUGGAAUGUAAAAUCCUCCUGUCUGAGGUGACCCGAGGUCAACAUGAGAUCGACUUCCUGAGGAAAAGACUGCAGCUGAUGGAGAAACACAUGUCAACAAAUAAUACAACUCAGAACCAGGAGGCUGGAGAUACUGGAGCAUCAGCACUGCUUACAGCAGUACAGGAGCACAGGUCCGGAACAGAGAUCCACAGCUCCGAAACAGAGAUCCACAGCUCAGAAGCAGAGAUCCACAGCUCCAAAGCAGAGAACCACAGUUCCGAAACAGAGAUCCACAGCUCCGAAACAGAGAUCCACAGCUCCAGAACGGAGAACAACAGCUCCAGAACGGAGAACAACAGCUCCAGAACGGAGAACAACAGCUCCAGAACGAAGAACCACACCUCCCGAACGGAGAACCACAGCCUCAGAAAGGAGAACCACACCUCCAGAAGAGAAAACAACAGCUCCAUAACAGAGAACCAGCCUCAUAUUAAAAGAGAGAGUGAGCUGGAAGAGUUCAGUGGGGGUGAUGCUGCUUUACUCGACACUCCUGUGACCUCUGAACAGGACCAUGCUGAUAUGAGAGAGAAACAGCGUGACUGUCGUCUGCAGCAGCAUCACGGAGAAGAACCGACUAUUGAAGUAAAGGUUAAACAGGAGGGCUUCUGGGACGCUGAAUUAGGAGGAGACAAGACGAGAGAUGGCAUACACAGCACUGAGGAAAGAUCCGCCAGGCAUCUCAGUGAUGAAUCUGCUGACAAACAGACUCAUCCACAGGACAGAAUCUUUUUUGAAAAUAAUUUACACGCCCCUGAAGGACCUGCUUUAAAAGUGCGCUCGAGCGCAGAGAUCGACAGCACACAGUCUUAUCUCCUACCGAAGCCCGUCAGGAGACGCGUGGCCUCCAGGUUCAAGGAGGAGAAGCGCUUCGCGUGCCCGCUCUGCACAAAGUGCUUCAAGUGUUUCAGCCAGCUGGAAAUCCACAAGCGGAGUCACACGGGUGAGAAGCCGUACAGGUGCACGCUGUGCGGUAAGAGGUACGCGCAGAAAGGUCACCUGUACACACACCAGCGCACACACACGGGAGAGAAGCCGUACCGCUGCAUGCACUGCGGCAAAGCUUUCAUCCAGAAGUGCUCUCUGGACAUGCACCAGAGAACUCACACCGGAGAGAAACCCUUCAUCUGUGUCGAAUGUGGGAAAGGCUUUACCAAGAAAUUCAAUCUGAACAAACAUCUGGUUGUGCAUUCAAACGCCAAGUCUGGCUUCUGUGAUCGGAACGGCAGAACCGUGAACGGACCCGGGCUCCGUUCCUCAAGCGUCGGGAAUAGCCCGAGGUCAAACAGUGCCGAGAAGGAGAAGUGUAACGCGGUGACACUCUUAGGAAAGGUGUUUGUGCUUGAUUUAUUCAUCACCAUAACAACAACAACAACAACAAUAGUAAUAAUAAUAAAGAUGGUGGAGACGAUGGUGAGCGACUCCCAUUUUCAGAGCCAGUUAGCGUCCAUAAUGGAAAUGCUGGCCAAAACGGCCGUGCUGGAAAUCGGCAAACUGGUGGAGGAGAGUCAUGCGGUGUUCAGGAGAGAGCUUUCCCGCAGGAUCUCAGAAAACGAGGGUCUGAAGAAGAAGUGCUCUUUGUUAGAGAGCGAGCUGAAGGCGAGCAGGAGGAGCACACAGGACAGAGCCGAGGCGCACAGUGUGCCCAAUAAAGAAGCCGGACAUCGUCCCACCAUCGAAGGCGUGUUUGGGAAGGAGUGGUGUAUGGACCUGUGGAGAGACAAGGAGUCCAGUGCGCUACACAAGCAUCAGAGCCAUGUGGACCCGUGUAUGAUAGAGUCUAUUGAUCUGAUGGAAGAUGAUGGACCCGACAUGAUCAUCAUCAAAGACGAGACGUUUGACGACGGCCCGGGUAAAAGCAAGCCACAAGCCAACUCGAGGAGCAGUGAGAAAGACCCUGCGUUCUCGGGUGUGGAACGCGACGUGGCCCAGAGCAGUGAGGAGUUCCUCCCGUACGCCGCCGCGCUCGCCAACACGCCGCCGAGACGCGCGGCCGAGCAGCCGUUCGACGUCAGAGCGGACCCGAGACCGUCUGCGCUCGAAGACGCCGCCACGUCGUCCAACGUGAGCUCGGAGGAGUUCGGCGGAUUCUUUCCCGCUAACAUGCACCUGAACGCCCCGAAGAACUUAACGUCCGGUCCGGAGCAGAAGAAGUUUGAAUGCGUGUUCUGCGGGAAGAACUUUAACUACUUGAGCUAUUUAAAAGUGCACUUACGGACGCACUCCGGAGAGAAACCCUUCGGCUGCACGGUGUGCGGUAAGCGCUUCGCUCAGAAGACGUACCUCAAAAUCCACAUGCGCACUCACUCCGGAGAGAGACCCUACACGUGCAUGGAGUGCGCCAAGAGCUUUUCUCAGAAGAGUUCGCUAAAUAUACACCUGCGCAGCCACACCGGAGAGAAACCGUACAGCUGCGUGGACUGCGGGAAACGCUACGCAUAUAAACACGGCUUCAACAUCCAUCAGUGCAACGGCUAAACCUGUAGCGGGGUUAAAUCUAUAGCUAGGAUAUUCCAAUAUUCGACACGCACACUGUGCACUGUGCAGAUCAGCACACGACACUCAGCUACCAGUUUAGGAAAAGCAAGGUGCAGUUACCGACUGCUUACAUUUAUACCGACUGUUAUACGAGCCGGCACAACGGAAGCAAUAACAGGAGUUCACUUGUUUCACAGACGUUCCACAAUAUUAAAUCAUUUUUUAUUAAUGUUGGACAAACCCCCGUGUGGGAAAAGUUCGACGUUCCUUCCAGAAUUUCACAUUUCAACAUACAGUUUGUCUUCGUUAUGGUUCCGUAUACAGUUUGGGGUUUUUUUAUUGAAUUUUUCUUACGAACGCUUCAAGUGCGGUUAAUUAUUAGUCGUGCUGUACGUGCUAAUCGACGACUGCUUGAAGCCGUGGGCUGCGUCCCAAACGGCGUACUUACCGUCUAUAUAGUAGCCGAGAUACGUGUAUUUUUCCCCACUACAGGCCUAUAGUAGGCAAGUAUGCGGUUUGGGACGCAGCCGAACUCUCUUGUUCGCCGUAAAAUGUUGAGAACCGGCGUGUGUGAUCGCGUCCUGUCGCAAAAUGCGGCGAAAACGCUCACACGACGUUCAUAAUGGGAUUACGGUGUGUAAUACAUGUCUGUAAUACACGUCCAUAAUGCGACUCAAGUACUCCACCUGUCUCAAUUCGAUUAGAACUUAAUUCGAGUACGACCUUAAUUAGAUUAAGGUAAGUAAAAAUCGCUGUUUACGUGGUAGUUUCUUCAUCAAAGUAUGGUCUUAAUCGGAUUAAGAGUGGAUCGUUGUCGUCCACGUAAACGCAGCCAGUAACUCCGUUAUAUCACACCAAACCCGGCACUGAUUAUUAUUUAAAGUGCUUUAGCCCUCACUUACGUCAUCAUUAUCGGCGCUACGUACAUUCUCGCUACGUGAUAUCGCCGGAGCUCGGCUCCGAAUCCCUCCUCGGUCGAUUUUUCCCGUGGUAGAGCGGGGGCUGAAGCGGUGUAGGGUCACGAGCGGGCUCCAGUCAGUCAACAUACCUGUACAAUGACCUGUAGUGUAGGUUUAUGUAUAAGCUAUGUGAGCCUGAUAAACUGGUAGCUCAGUGUAAUAAAAUUUCAUGAAUUUAAAAAAAAAAAAAAAAAAAAAAACACGUGGGAAAAAAUGAGUCUUGUGCAUGCUGGUGAACUGUUUUCUUAGCAUAGAAUAAAUUAUUCUUGUAUUAUGAUUUUUAACCACAAACACCACACGAGAAUAAAAUGUUCCACUGAGGACUAAAUGUUCAGAAGGUGAAGAUGAUAAUAAUAAUAAUAAUAAUUAUUAUUAUUAUUAUUAUACGUAUUAUUUCUGUUCCUCUUGUUACAUUUGAUGUGUUGUUUACUGAGUGAGUGAAGUUACCGAUUUUAAGCAUUUUGUACAGACUCUUAAAUAUUUAUUAACCUCGGUUUCGGCUUUCUACUAAUAUUUCUUUCUUGGCUGAUUAAUAAAUCACGCUUAGAAAGUCCUCACAAGGUUUUUCUUUUUUUGUGUGUGUGUGUGUGUGUUUUGGGUUCUGGAACUGUGCCAACAGUGUUUAACAUAAUGGCUUCAGUGUUCAUCGUUCAAGAUCUGAGCGACUUUAUUUGUGAGGCUAUGACUCAUUCAUAGUCGAUUUUUAAAAUGUCUAAAAAUGGGAUAAAAUGAAAAACAGGAUAAAAAAUAUCCUGUUUUUUAUUACUUCUGAUUUUUUUUUUUUUUACAUAGAAGUACUGUUUUAAAAAAAUAUAAUCUAUUUACAUUUUUUAGUCGCUCGUUUUUAAAUAAUUUGUUCUAUUUAUUCCCUUGUUUUUUUUUUUAUUACUUCUGAUUUUUCAAUUCAUUUUUUGUAAAAAAAAUAAAUAAAAAUAAAUAAGUAAAAAUUCGAAACAUUUUUAAGUACUUAUUAAAUGACUUUUCUUUGGAAUUUAAAUUUGUGGAACUGCAAGUUAGUUAAGUUAGAAAUAUUUCCAUGUAUGCACGUUCACGUCACAUGAAGGCCAGUCAAGAGUGUUUCAUCACCUGUUUGCAAUAAACAAACUUGUCAUUGAACUCGUCUUCGUAAAUUGCGCAACGUCCUCAACAUCCUCAAAACUCUUCAACAGUUGAAGAUUAGAAAAAGAAAAAAAAAAAUCACUUCAGCUGUCCAGUUUGGGGGAGUCUGUGCGUCCAUGAUAGCCUCAGUUUCCUGUUCUUGGCUGACAGGAGUGGAACCUGAUGUGGUCUUCUCCUGUUGUAGCUCAUCCACCUCAAUGCUUGAUGUAUUGUACGUUCUGAGAUACUUUUCUGCUCAGCACAUUUUUAUUAUAGAGUGCUUAUUUCAGUUACAAGGAUGUGUUUUGUUUUUUUCGCAACAGUCUGUGUAAACUCUAAGAGACUGUUCAGGAGGUCAACAAUACUCCAACCAGCCCAUCUGGUACCAACAUCCAUGCCACGGAUAGUCCCAGAGAUCAGACCUUUUCCCCAUUCUGAUGUUUGAUGUGAACAUUAUCUGAAGCUCUUCACCUGUAUCGGCAAGAUUUUAUGCAUCGCAC